AUGUUUCAGGGCACCAAUGGAGCAGUGCGAGAUGAGACACUGCUGCAACUGACAGUUCCUGUUAUGUUUGUUCAGGGUAGCAAAGAUGGGCUUUGUCCACUGGAGAAGCUGGAAGCUGUUCAGAAGAAGAUAAAAUCCAUUAACGAGUUGCAUGUGAUUGAAGGUGGUGACCACUCAUUCAAGAUUGCAAAGAAGCAUCUGCAAUCAAAAGGAUCCACUCAAGAAGAAGCUGAAGAUGAUGCCGUUCGGGUUAUUGCGGCGUUUGUUUCCAGGUCAAUGGAAGGAAGGACGGAGGCUGCAGAUCACCCUUCUCAGUGGGUAUUUGGGCCGAAUUUUUUUUGCAAGUGGAUUAUGUCAAGUGAUGUCAUAGAUUAUCUAAAUCAGAUUUGA